AUGGCUACUUCUUUGUUCUCCUCUCCGCCCAAACCACACUUUUUCCAACCUCUGCUUCCAGGCUUCAAAACCCACCUUUCGAUUCCUGUAGCUUUUUACUCCAAGCACUUGGAGGGAAAAGAAGAGGGCAACGCGGUAACACUGAUAUCAGACGCCUCGGAGAUCACCUGGAAAAUUACGUUGGACGGCCGGAGAUUGAUAAACGGAUGGGUAAAGUUUGCUGUGGCUCACAGUCUCAAAGUCGGCGACAUUCUUGUUUUCAGACAUGAAGGAAACCUCAUGUUCCAUGUCACUCCCUUAGGACUAAGCUGUUGUGAGAUACUUUACUCACAUGAUGACGACAAUCAUACCGAGAAGGUUAUUAGAAAUAGCAAGGUGAAGAAGAAAAAUCCAAUAAAAGAUGAGACUUGUUAUGUGGUUCCUGUCACAGAUUCAAACCUAAAAGCUGAUUCACUUACUCUUCCAAAAGGCUUUACUACCUCAAGUGGUCUUAGUACACUCUGCAACGAGAUUAUUCUAAUUUAUGAAAAAGGCAGUUCAUCGACAUUAGAGUUUGUGUACCAUAGAUCAUCUGGCCGGUUUUGUAUCAGACGAGGGUGGAGAGCAUUUUGCUGCACAAAUGGGCAAAAAUCCGGUGGUUUCUUGAGGUUCAAACUUGUCUCCAAUGGAAAAACACCCGUUCUUCGGUUUUUUCCUUUGGGGAGGGAUGAGGACAACACCGGUGAUCCUGAGUCCGCGGAAGAAAACAAGAAUGUGGGAUCACAUGAGUCUGUCAUGAAAGAAAAGGAGAAUAUGCGAUCGCUUGAGUCCACGGAAGAACGGGUGCUACUCAUGAACGAAACACUCAAAGGAAAAGGUGUAUAA